AUGAGGUCCAAGUUUGCUAACGAGUGGAGAGCUGCUAGGGACGAGGAAAUUCAGGCUCUCAAAGACAAGAUGCCGGUCGGACAACGAGCGAUAAAGCCAAUGUGGGUGUACAGUGUCAAGGCUGAUCACCUUGGAUACGUCGUUCGGUUCAAGGCUCGGAUUGUGGCGCGAGGUGACAAACAGCGCCAGGGCAUUGACUUUCAGGAGACAUUCUCACCCGUGGUAAGGAUGGAUUCUUUCCGAGUGUUUCUCGUGGGGUGCGUCCUGCUGCAUCUAAUAGUUUACCAGGGUGACAAUAAUGCAGCGUAUCGGAAUGCAUUGCUCGCGAUCAAGCAGUAUCUUGAAGAGGUGGAAGGCUAUCCGAGUGAAGAAAAUGGAAUGAUCUACAUGAUCAACAAAGCUGUGUACGGCCUUCGACAGUCAGGGCGUGAAUGGAACAGUGAGGUGAAUUCGUGGUUAAUUCGAUUUGGAUUCAAGCGGUGUGCAACUGAGCCGUACUUGUAUUUUUACAACCAGGAUGGAGAGUUCGCGUUGGUUCUUCUCUACGUAGAUGACAUCCUGUGUGCGACUCGGAACGAGGCGUUCAAGAAGCGAUUGUUCAGCUAG